AUGGAGAACUUGAUGGCAAUCGGACUCACGAGUUACCGUCCGCUGAUUGGCGGCGCCACCCACAUGAUCAGCACCGGCCAUUAUCUGGCGACGGCAGCCGGCUACCGCAUCCUGGAACAGGGCGGCAACGCCAUCGAUGCCGGCGUCGCAGCCGGCAUCGUGAUCAACGUCACCCUCCCCCAGUACACCAGCUUCGGCGGCGUUGCGCCCAUCAUCAUCCACCACGCUGCCAGCGGUGAAACCCGCGAAAUCAGCGGCCUGGGUCGUUGGCCGGCCGAGGCCAGCAUUGACUACUUCAUUCGUGAGCACGGUGGCGAUAUGCCCCACGGCGUCAUGCGAACGGUCACUCCGGCGGCUGUCGAUGCCUGGAUCACAUCCUUGUCCCACUACGGCACCAUGACCUUUGAGCAGGUGGUAACCCCAGCCCUGGAGUUGGCCGCGGGCGGCUUCCCCGUCCCGGCAUCCCUGCAUCGGGCCCUGGUGAGCGGCGGCGACAAUGUCAUCCUGGACGAGGGCGACACCAGCCAAUGGGCCAGCACCAUGCAGAUUUUUUAUCCUCGCGGCAAGCCCCUGGGGAUAGGCGAUCUGCUGGUUCAAUCCGACCUGGCGCGCACAUUCCAACGCCUGAUCGAUGUCGAGCGCGCUAGCGCCGGCCAGGGUCGAGAGGCGGGGCUGCAGGCCGCGCGCGAUCUGUUCUACCAGGGCGAAAUUGCCGAGGAAAAUGGUGGCGUUUAUCCGCGGCCAGGGCGGCUGGCUGUCGAUGCAGGACUUGGCUGA